AUGGUCGCUCCACGCAUGUCGCUCAAGUUCUUGGGCACAUCGUCCAUGCCCAACUCGACGCGCAACUACUCGUCGCUCCUCUUCAAGCUCGACAACCACACCCUCAUGGUCGACUGCGGCGAUGGCACCCAGCGUCAGCUCCGCUCGCGCUACAUCGGCGGCGAAGAGCGCUUGGCCAACCUCAAGACCAUCCUCAUCACCCAUUUGCACGCCGACCAUGUGCUCGGCCUCGUGCCCAUGCUCAUGUCCAUCAUGGGUCCAACUGGCGUGCCUGUUGCUCCGGAUGCUUCGCCACGCGUCGAGAUUUAUGGUCCGCCAGGCCUGCGUGCGUUGGUACGCACGACAUUAUCGCUCUGCUAUGCGCAGCUCAGCGGCAAGUACGUCGUGCACGAAUUCGUCUGGCCAUCGUCGAGCGAGCUCGCCCAAGGCGCGGCAUUUGCGUUGCACAACCAGCCCGAGCGCAGCAUCCCCGACAUGCCGCAGCACGAAGGCGAGGCGAGCGGAGGCCGCGACCUGCACAUGGAUGCGAGAUCAUCAAGCUGGCCCAACUUCCUCUCCAUCAAGCCCUCACCCCAGUCUCCGGGCGUUCGGAUCAGCGCCGCGCCCAUCUCGCACCGCUGCCCCACGCUCGCCUACGUGUUCGAAGAAGACGCCAGAGCAGGGCCUCUCGACCCAAGCAUCGCCGAAGCCCUCAAACGCAACGGCCCCGCUCUGCACGAACAGCGCGGCAUUCGCCAUCCACUCUCGCUCCUCUCCACCCUCACAACGCAGCGACGAUCCGUCCACCUCCCCGACGGCACCGUGCUCGAUCCUCCUCCACUUACGUUUCCGGGCCGAAAAGUCACCGUCAUGGGCGACACCAGCGAUGGCACAGGUGGAUUCACCCCCGACCAGCUACACGCAGGCUGCGGACUACCCGCGCUUGCACAUGGCUCCGACGUGCUCGUGCACGAGAGCACCAACAUCGCGCUGCCUGCCCACCUCAACCGGAACGGCAAGCCCGAUUCUCUCGAUGACAUUGCGGCCAAGGCAAAGCUGCGCGGCCACUCUGUGCCCCAGGUCGCCGGCCAAUUCGCUGCGCUCGUCAAUGCGCGACGCCUCGUCCUCAACCAUUUCUCCACAAAGUUCCCCAGCCCGCCGCACUAUCUUCUCGACACUGCUGGCACCAGUGCCGAAUCAGCGGCGCAGCCUGUGGAGGAGGACGGCAAGCAGCUGGGCGACCCGGAACGCCGCGCACGCAUCAUGAAGCAGUUCGAGCUGCAGGCUUUCCAGGCGUGGCAGCAGAGCAUCAAGACCGGUGCGCAGCAGCUCGAGGUGUUUUCCGCGUUUGACGGCUUUCACUUUGAAGUCCCUCCGCGCGACGAGAUGGGUGCUUCCCAGCAAGAGCCCGGUCACGUAUUCGCCAGACCGUGGGAACAGCCCCAGGGCGAUGCGGUUGGCAACGGCCUGAAGCGCAAGCAUCCCGAGGUGGUCGACGCCGAAAACGUGUGGGAUCCGUCUCCGUUUCUGCUUUCGUCUGCCAGCACGCCGGUGCCUAGGUACGCGCUGGUGUUGCUCAACUCGCCCAUCGACGCGCGCCAGAUGGGCCACUUUCGACGACUGUGGGCAUCUGCCUCGCUACGCCUCUGUGCCGACGGUGCAGCCAACCGACUGUUGGACGCGUUUGGAUCUUCGGCCUUCGACGCCGAUUUGCCACUACCGCAUGCGAUCCUGGGCGACUUGGACUCGAUCCUGCCCUCGACGCAACAAUUCUUCGAAUCGAAAGGCGUAGCGGUACACAAGCGUCCGUCGCAGUACGCCACCGACCUACAGAAGACGAUCCAGGAAGUUGAAGAUCACGAAGACUCUGGCGACGAACACACGCUGAUCAUCUACGGCGGGCUGGCGGGGCGGCUGGAUCAGAGCGUGCAUACGCUACAUGUGUUGUGGCAGCUUGCACCCGGUGCUGCUGAUCUGGGCAGCGUCAUUGAUCCCUCUCAACCCAACGAUCGCGGCAACCGGCUGCGCAAGAGACGGCGAACGUUUGCAAUUGGGGACGGAAGUGUGGCUUGGCUGCUACCCACAGGCAAGCAUACGCUUAGGAUGGCGCGCGAGGUGAUGGGCAAGACGUGCGGUGUGCUGCCUUUGGGAGUUGGCAAUUCGGGCGCUAAAGUGACGACAAAGGGGCUCGAGUGGGAUCUGCAGGGUGACUUGACGACUCUGGGCGGGUUCUUAUCCACGUCCAAUCAUGUGCAUGACGAGCAGGGUGUGGUGCAGGUCGAGACCGACGAGCCGGUGUACUGGACCGUCGAGUUGCGGCCGGACGAGGCGAGCAGUCUAGCCGCAUGA